GAACAGCCACCCAUUUCAGAAAAUGACGAAUACCGAAUGCCGAUCUUUUCUCCACGCGAUUUUAUCUUGUGCAAUUAAUAUCGGCUUUAAAAAAUAAUAUUGUUUUGGUGAUAGCUGUGAAAAUGUAUAGAAAUAAAAAGGAUGUAGAUAAAUACGUUGAAAAUUUGAUAUCUAAAUUGUCUGUAAAAGAGUUUAAAACAAGGGCAUAUUCAAUUGCUCGGCUGUAUUAUGAAGUGGGAGACUAUGCUAGUUGCAAAUUAUAUGUCGAACAAUAUCUGACACAAAAAGAUAAUAAUGCCGCAGCAUACAAGCUCCUUGGACAAGCAUUACAGAAACUGGGACAAAAAGAAAAAGCUCUUGAGCAAUAUAAAAUUGCUCUUGAUAUAGACCCAACUCAAACCAGUACUAUUUUGGACAUUUGCGAAUUACUAGCUGAUGAUGAUGUUACUAUUGAUCCUGGACGUGCAAAAUAUUGGUGUGAGAAAGCUGAGGCAACAUUUCCAAGACAUCCAGUGACAUUUAAGAUGCGUGAGAGACUAAUUACUGAAUCUAAUUCUGACCCAGAAGCCCUUGUCAAUUUGCUGACAGCUGAAUUGGUAGCUCGACCAAAAGAUGCACUGCUUCAUACUCGUUUACUUAAACAUUACAUGCAAACCAAUGAAAUAAAAAAAGCAGUUGAUCAUAGCUGCAAUAUUGAGUUUGGUGCCAAAACUUUCAUAAAUAAUUAUACUUGGUAUGAAACACUUGUUGAUCUACUUAAACAUGAUUCACACAACCAAAAUGACUGGGUUUUUCAACUACUUUUAUUGACAGUUCGGGAACGGAUUUGUGUGUUGAGUCUUACAGAAACACCAAGUGGUUCAUCAAAAAGUUUGGUUGAAAGUAAUGAACUUCUACAUGCUUAUGACCAGGCUAUUGAGAUUGUGACUAAGGCUGGAGCAACUCCUGGAUAUGCUGAAUUUCACACAGGUUUAUUGCAGCAUCAUAGAGGUCAAUUUGCAUUUAUUGCAGCUACAUUUCUAUUAAAGAAAGCUAAAAAAGAUCAACUUAGUUGGCGUGAUGCAACAAAGUUUGCAGCUCCCUUAAUGUUGAUAGCAUGGCAUACCACACCUCAGGAUCUUAAAGUAAAUUGGUUAACACAUGCUACAGAGAAGCAACAGCAAGCUGCCCGCCGAUGGUAUACUGAAGGUGCAUACAGAUGCUCUCAAUCUGGCCAUUAUUUGCUUUCAAACAUUCAAGAUCAAAGCCAGCUUUUACUAGAUCGGAUCUCCCAAUGUUGUUCUGGUACGCAUUGGAGGGAUAAAUUAUAUGAAAAGAUAUUUACUAGUAGGGGACACUUGACAAAGAUAAAGUCUUCUCAUAUCACUUCUAAUUGGUUUAAUGCUCCUGUUCUUAGAUUGCCCCGAAAAAUAGAAGUUGAAACAUAUGAUAUUGAUGCCCAAAAGGAAUAUCCUAACUCACUACAUCAUUUUGUUUGGAUAUUGCUGAACUAUAAAAACUAUGCACAUUUUAAAUGCACUCUCUUUGAUAUGCUAACACCAACAACAUCUGAUUGUGGUCCUGAAACAUUAAAUAAAUUAGAUAUUCAUGCAUUCCUUUACUGUGCUGCUUUAACAACACGACAGCAAAAGCAUACGGAAAGAAUUUAUGUUGUUGCUGAUAAACCGACUGUUUUACCAGCUAUUAUUACUGAUUUAUUAUGUCCUCUUUCCCAGAUGAAAUGGUGGGAUUGUGCUUAUAAAUUUAGCCAAAAUGAAUUAGGCACAGAGUUAACAGAUAUUCGAGCGACAUUGAGUCGAGGGAUAGAGGUGGUAAGAUGUGUUGAUAGCUAUGGCUUAGAUCCAGAGCUACUUUGUACUUUAGGCCGAAUAUUUAGUGAAAAAGCGAAACUAACAACUGUUGUUAAUGACAAAAAUAAUUUAGAAAUAAGAGCUGGCCUUUACUAUUCUUCGGCUAUACCAUUGCUUGAAAAAUUAAAAUCUAAGAUAGUAGUAAAAAUGCCUGAAAAAAGAUUGUUUGAUUAUACACAUAAAGAACUUAGCACAAAAGAUUUGAUAUCAUUAAUAGAAGAAAGCAAGUUGUUUGUAGCUGUAAAUCAUCUAAAUGAUUGUGAUUAUGUUAAGGUAAUUGAAAUUUUAUCAAAUUUAAAAUCUCCACAAGCAUACUACUAUCUUGGUUUAACCUACAAAAAAAUUGCUAUUGAUGAAAACAACACUUCCAAAGAUGCCAAUUCACUUGAAACAAAAACCAAAUGUGUAUCCCUACUUACAAGGGCCAGAAAUUAUUCUUAUAAAGCACUAGACAGUUUAAAAAAUUCAGGCAUUAAUAAAGACUAUCCAUUAUAUUCAGAUACUCAAGUCAUGAUAGAAAGUAUAGAAACACAUUUAAAUAAAAUUGAUCCUGACCUUUCUGAUACUGCUGUUAAUGAUGUAGGCGGCAAAUAUUCCUCAGAUGAAAAUGUAUCAUUUAUCGGAAGCGAAUAUAAUUCGGCACGACCAAAUUCUCACAUUUUUCGCAACAUAAGCUCUACACCAAAACAGCCCAAUCCAAAUGUCACUAAUUAUCGUACUGCUACAGACUCUCAUAUUUUAGAAAGUACAAGAGCUGAUCAACAAUUUUUAGAAAGAAUUGAAAAUGAAAUAAAGAAUUUGCAGAAGAGAGAUAACACUAUUAGUGAUUUCAUGGAACAGAGUAAGACUUGGUUUGAAGAGAAUCGUAAAUUAAGUAAUCAAAUUAUUAGUACUAUUCAUACAAAUAUUCAGAACACUACAGAUCAAUUUAAACUCCUUAAGAUUUCAGUAGAUAAUGUUAAAGACCAAAUUGAUGAAUGCAGAAAUGAAUGUAAAGAUGUGGGAGAUUUGAAGAAACAAAUUGCAGAGUUGAAGAAAGAAGUGAAUAAACUGAAGAAAGCAUCAUCUGAGCAGACAAUAGAUGAAAGUGAUUUGUACAAUUUAGAAGAUGACUAUAGAACAAAUGAAAGUACUAGUUUUGCUGCACCCUUGCCGUUUACACCGCCGCAAGUGCUAUCUUCAUUUAAUCAGCGCCUUGUACCUCCGUUUCCUGUUCCACCUAAUCCUUAUCAAUUAUAUGGUCAAAAUUUGUAUAACUUUUACAGUCAGUACCCACAAUUUGCGCAAGCAACUCAAGUUCCGGGCGCUCCGCCGCUAUUCGACCCAACUAGAGCUCCAAUGAAUUAUCCUGGAAUGUAUACAACACCCGAUCAAAUGUAUUUAGAUGUGUCUCACCUUGUUCCGCCAAAUAUACCUCCUCCAGCAGUUUCAUCAGUUUCUUCAGUACCAACUGUUCCUAUUUUACCGACGAUUCCAACUGCUUCUACUGUUCCAAGUGCAUCGGUAUCAGUCUCCACUACUGCAGUUUCAGUAAUAACAUCAAAAAUGGUUCAACCGCCUGAAUCAAAAGAAAUACCACGUUCGUUACCAGUAAAUGUUGUAAUUACAUCGUCAGACCCACUGCCUACCUGUACUACAACUCCAGCUCCAAUACUGAGUGUGACAAUUCCAUCUAAACACAUUAAAGGAACUGCUCAUAAUUAUCAAAUACCAAUGCCUUCAACGAAUGAGACAAAAGUAAUGACUCCUCCAAUAUUUAGCUUCCCGUCUGGGAACAAAACAAUGAACACAACAAGUCCCUUUAAUAAUUGGAACCAAUCAACAGUGUUCCAAUCUCAAUCUUCAAAUGCGGAAAAUACCUCUACAGACACUGCGUCAAACUCUACAAAAGGUAAUGACACGUUGGAUAAUACUGUGAAUGUUGUUGAUGGAGUAUUUACAGGAGUUUCACCUAAUACUAGCCUAAACAAAUCUAGGACUUUGUCUGAGAGAAGUAAUACUUCUGUUGAAAAUUAUGAUCCUUGUCCCGAUUUCAAACCUAUCAUACCAUUACCAGCUGAAGUAAAAGUAACAACUGGCGAAGAAGACGAAAUAACAAUAUUUAGUUCAAGAGCUAAACUAUUCCGAUUCAUCGAUAAACAGUGGAAGGAAAGAGGACUUGGUGAUAUGAAAUUGCUUAAACAUAAAACUACUGCUAAGGUGAGAGUUUUAAUGCGCCGUGAACAAAUCCAUAAAAUUUGUGCCAAUCAUAUUAUUACACCAGAAAUGGAAAUAAAGCCCAUGAAAAAUGAAACGAAAGCCUACUUUUGGGUUGCGAAUGAUUUUGCAGAUGAGACUGUCGUUCUAGAAAAGUUCUGCAUACGUUUUAAAACUGCUGAUAUAGCACAACAAUUUUAUGAGGCUUUUGAAAAAGCACGACAAGAAUCACUACUUACCGUUGCCAACACUUCUAAACAUGAAAACAAAGAGAAGGCCGAAUCUUCCAAACCAUUAUUCACCCAGUUUACUACUACAGUAAAAAAUACCCCGGAACAAUCGCAGACAUCUAAAACAGUUAUUGGAGGCUUCACUUUUAGCAGUACGCCGACUUUUAAGCCAGUGGAGACUGAUAUAAAAUCCGAUACUAAAUCUUCAGAACUAGCAACAUCUAAGACGAAUGUUUUCAGUGGUUUAACUUUUAAAACUACAACAAAUUCGCCUUUUAGUAGCUUAUUUAGUACAUCUUCAAACCAAGUUACUGAUAAUGUCACCAAAACAGAGUCCAAUAAAGAAACAAUAGAUAAAUUAAAUAAUUCAGAUACCGUGGAAGAAUUCGAACCUACAGUGGAAUUUAAACCUGUUGUACCAUUGCCUGCUUUGAUUGAACAGAAAACUGGCGAAGAAGAUGAAAAUAUUAUGUUUGAACAUCGGGCUAAAUUAUUGCGAUUUGAUACUUCUAUUAAGGAAUGGAAAGAACGAGGACUUGGUAAUAUAAAGUUGCUUGUACACAAGGAUAAUAUACAAAAAGUUCGGUUAUUAAUGAGAAGAGAACAGAUUAUGAAGGUGUGCUGUAAUCAUGCAAUCACAAAAGAGAUGAUUUUCCAAAAAAUGCCAAAUAUGGAUAAAGCUGUAACAUGGGGAGCAACAGAUUUCUCAGAGGGCGAAUUGGUCGCAGAAACAUUCUGUUUACGUUUUAAAACAGCCCAAACCUGUGAUAGCUUCAUUGAUGCCAUAAAAACGGCACAAUCGAAAAUGAAAGAUGACUCAAAGGCUGCAAAAGAAGAACAAAAUGCAGCAAAACAAAUUAGUCAGAUUGGAUUUGGAGAUAAAUUUAAACCCAAGGCAGGAUCUUGGUAUUGUGAGACUUGUUACACAAAUAAUUUGGAAAGUUUUGAUAAAUGUGCUUGUUGUGAACAACCUAAACCUAGUUGUACUUCUAUGCAAAAUAAUGCAAUUGCCCCUACUACUUCGACUUGGGGAGAAGCUUUCAAGCCCAAACCUGGUAUGUGGGAAUGUCAGCAAUGCUUAAUUCGUAAUGAAGCUAAUAUUGAAUUGUGUAGUGCCUGUAAUAGUCCAAAAGAUCCUAAUGCAGAAAAAAGUGGACUUAAACUUACUUCUGAUAAUGCGCCUAAAUUCAACUUUGGUAUUCCUGCUCAAACAAAUACCACUGUAAAAGUUGAGAGUAAUAUUCCAGUAGUAACUACACCAGUUUCUUCAGGUUGGGGAGAUAAGUUUAAACCAAAAGAAGGUACUUGGGAGUGCAAAGAAUGUUUUGUUAGAAAUGAAGCUAACAAUGAAAAUUGCAAUGCAUGUAAUAACCCAAAAAAUCCAAAUUCUGUUAAACAAGAGCCAAAAUCUUUAUUUGGUCUGGGUAAUUCUGGUUCUAAAUUUACAUUUGGUAUUCCUUCUACUACAGUAACUGAUCAAAAAUCUUCUAUAGUUCCUACAACACCAGUUCAGACAACUUCAAUUUUUGAUGGCACUGGUGCCCACAAAUUUAGCUUCGGUAUUUCUUCAAAUCCACAAGAUAAAGGAUUAAGUAUUAUAUCUUUUGGAGAUAAAAAGCCUAUUGGAAGUUCUGCUUUCGGAUCCCUGAAAACAACACAAGAUAACACAGAACCAGUUGAUUUUACCACAAAUAAAAAUGAAGAAAUCAAAAUUGUUACACCAGUAAAACCAGGAUUAUUACCAACUCCUCAAAAGGAAACUACAAAUACUCCUCUGAGUAAAGAAGGCGGUACAUUUGACUUUGUUUUUAAACCUAAAACGGCAACCAAAGGAAAAAGUCCUGUAAAAUCACCUAGUAAUCAAGAAGGUGAAGACAGUGACGGUAAUGAAUAUGCAUCAGAGGAUGAAGGACAUCAUAUUCACUUUAGUCCAGUUAUACCGAUGCCAGACAAAGUGGAAGUAAUUACCGGAGAGGAAAAUGAAAUAGAGCUUUACGGUCAUCGGGCUAAAUUAUUCAGAUUUAUGUCAGGUGAAUGGAAAGAAAGGGGUAUUGGUAUAGUUAAAAUAUUGAAGCAUAAAGAUACUGGUAAAGUAAGAGUUGUAAUGCGCCGGGAACAAGUUUUGAAGAUUUGUUUGAAUCAUGUUUUAUCUCCAGACAUUACAUAUACACCAAAGGAUGACAAGACCUGGUUAUUUGCUGCUAAUGAUUUUAGUGAAGGGGAGUUGAGUCUUCAACAAUUUUGCCUUAGGUUUAAAACUAAUGAAAUUGCUCUAGAAUUCAAGGAAGCUAUUGAUAAAGCGAGAGAUGGGAAAUUAGAAAAUAAAAAAGUGGUUGACAGUAAUCAAAAAGAAUCUGGUGAUACUGAUGAUGUUAUUUUCGUGAGUGAAAUACAGGCAUCUGUAGAAGAAAAGAAAAUCGCUAAAGAGCUGAUGUUACCAGAGAACUUCUUUACAUAUAAAAAUAAAGAACCUUGUUUAGGUUGUCGUGGCUGCAGAGAUGAUGACAGUAUACAACCUGUUUCAGCAAAUACAGUUAUAAAAUCUUCUCCUUUCACUUCUAUAUCCACACCAAUAAAAACACCAUCAUUCACAUUACAAAGUCCAACACAAUCCCUUUAUGGAACUCCUACCAAUUUUGAUAAAUCUUUUGAUGGUUCUAUGUUCCGAACACCUUUGGGCGCUAUUGGUACAAACACUAAGUCUUCAACCCUUACAAGCAAUAAUAAUUCAGCGAUUGAAAUUGAUAAUACAAACAAAGAAAAUUCUUUUGAUAAAAAUUCUGGUUUUUAUUCCGAGUCUGCAGAUCAAAAAACUUUAUUCACCUCACCAGAAAACAAAUCCACAAAUAGUGUUGAAAACCAAAGUCAGACAGUGUCCAAAAAUUCAAUAUUGGCAGCUCCUAAGUUGAGUAAUUUAAAUACGUCAGAAGAUGAAAAAAAGACUGUUGAAACCAAAUCUGUAUUUGGAUCAACACAGGCUGGAAAACAGAACAUAGAGCCUAAAUCUGUAUUUGCUCAAUCUAAUCCUUUAUUUGGAAAUAAAAUAUUUAGUGGUGGAAAUUCAGGAACAUCAAUGAAUCAGUCAAUAUUUGGCAUCACUUCUGACAAAAAGGAGGAGGCCAAGAAACCAGAAGUAAAAUCAAUAUUUGGAGCAGAUGAACAGAAACAAGUCGGGUUUAGUAAAAGUAAUAUAUUUGGUAUAAGUGAUUUAGCUAAUACUCAAAAUAAAUCUAAUAAUAUAUUUGCAUCGAGUGGAAAAUCUAUAUUUAGUACAAAUGUGCAAAAUCAAAAUUUGGGCACUGGGAAAUCAAUAUUUGGAGUUGCAACUAAUGCAACUCCUCAGUGGACUUCAGGUUUGAAUAUUGAGCAGAAACAAUCCAAUAUUAUAUCAUCAAAAGGUUCUGGAGAUAAAGAAACAGAUCACACAAACACAGGCAAUGCAGCUACUGAACAGGAGACUCUUUUUAAAGUCGACAAUCAUUUAUCGUUUGCUGCGCUGUCUUCUAGUGGACCUGGAUUUCAAAAAAAAUCCGAUUUUCAAUGGGAAGGUGCUGGACAACAAUUGUUUGGGGCCACCCAAAAAUCUAGUAAAGACGCUGAUACAUCUAAGAGUGAAAGCGGUGCUGGUGACGAAGCUAGUGCAACUGCCGGCGCUGAUGAAGAAUAUGAUCCUCAUUAUGAACCAAUUGUGCCAUUGCCUGAAAAAAUCGUGGUUACAACUGGAGAAGAAGAUGAGGAAAAAUUAUUUGGAGAACGUUGUAAACUGUACCGUUAUGAUGACAAAUCUCGAGAAUGGAAGGAACGCGGUGUUGGGGAAAUGAAAAUUUUGUAUCAUCCUCAGAAGAAAAGCUAUAGAUUAUUGCUCCGGCGAGAACAGGUUCACAAAGCGGUACUGAAUAUGCUGUUAUUCAUGGAUUUAGAACUAUUACCAAUGAAAAAUUCGGAUCGUGCAUGGACGUGGGCCGGUAGAAAUUACGCGGAGACAGCCGCUGGUGAGCAAGAAACUCUCGCUGUGAGGUUCAAGUCGACAGAAUUAGCCACCGCCUUCCAGGAGAAAAUAAUCCAGUGUGUACGAAAACUGCAAGCUCAAGCUGCACAAGCCAUAAGAGAAGAGAAGGAGACCAAAGAUAAUAGUUUCAGUGGCGUAGCGCCUUUAAGACUUCCAAAGCAUUUGGAAAAUAGUGCACGUGCAGAUAAUUCAGUGUUUACGAAUGCUGUAAAUCAGACACAGUCAGGUACUUCUGCUACCACAGAGCAAACUGACGGUGUGAAGACUGAGAUAAAACCUAACGGUGAAGCUAAUAAAGGUUCCUCAGUCACAGAGAUAUUCAAACAAGUGCAUUUCCAAGACCCUGAAGAGGACAAUCAAGAUGAGGAUGAUGAUGAUGAUGAAGAAGAUUACGAACAUGAGUAUGAUCACAAUGAAGACUAUGAUGGUUACUAUAAUGAGGAGGAAGAUGAAUCAUCAUCGUACUAUUCGUGUGAUGGCGAGGUAGUGGUGCGACAGGGAGACACCGAGACCGCGUGUGAGCAUGGACAUAUACAAGUGCUGUAUGACCAAGAUGUCUACUCGCCCAAAAUCCUUAUAACCGAUUCAGCCACUGGAGAAAUACUCGCGGACAUGCUUAUACAUACGGAUACAGAGUUCCAGAUGUCUGGCGACUCGUGCGUGUGGUCGGCCAAGGAUUAUACAAGCUACGAACCCGUCUUCAAGACUGUCACAGUGAAUUUUCACGAUAGUGAGACGGCAAUGCUGUUCUAUGAUAGUUGUGAAACAAGUAAAGCGGCCACAUACACGUCCACAGAUCCAGAAUCGUAAAUUUUAUUGAUAUGUAUAAGAAUGUAAAUUCAGAGCAUUCAAUACUGGACAUAAUUUUCAAGAAGGGAUUAUUAUUGAAAAAAGCAUUUUUCAGUCAUAAGUAACUCUUAGCAUAAGUAUAAGUACUUACUCCAAACAAUAUGAUCUCUGCCUACCUUUCUCUCUUUAUCUUGAUUUAACCGUAUGUGAUUCGAUUAUGACUAUUUCAAAAUGGAAUGCAUCACGCUUGGUGUGUAUAGACUUAUUUGCACAUGUAUAAAUGUCGUCACAUUAGUAAUGAGAGCUCUCACAUACUCACUCAGAAAACUCACGUAAUUUUUAUAAAGUAUCCAGAUUGUACUGCUACUUAAAUAGCGUAGCAAUUUGCCGUCUUGAAUGCUCUGACCAAUAAAGUAUUGUAGUUUUGGGUAAACUUUAUUAUCUAAUUUAGUUAGUAGGUAGUGUAUAGUUAAUUUUGCCUAUUAUAAUUUUGAUUAGGUUGUAAGGUCUAAUAUAGACUUAAAAUAAUAGACUCCAUUUUUGUUACCUAUUUUAAUUGUUUAGAUCUCGUGAACAAAAAGGUUUACAUUUUUUUAUAUUGGUUAAUAGUUACAGAUUUGUUAUCGGUAUUAUUAUUUUCGAAUUAUCAAUUUGCGUAUUGUGUAUAUCUCAUUUCUAAAUAUAGAAUAGACAUUUGAAGAAAAUGUUACAAGAAUCACACGAAAUCGUAAUAUUUACUAGUAUCAUCAUGCAUAGGAAUGUCAUUAUAAAUUAUAAAAUAAUUUGUGAUUUAGUUUUUGCGACACUAUGCAAGAAAAAAUAUACUUCAAAAUAAGUUGUUGAAAUUAUCAUUUAUAUUAUGUUAGAUAUAUAAAAACUAAGUUAACAAAUAAAAAAAGAUCUAAUCAAUAGUGUUUUUAUUAAUUUUAUAACAUGGACAAUUUAUUUAAUAAAAUUAUUAUUCGCUAUAAAGUGUUCCUAAUUGGUUAGGUCUUUUUGUGUACACUAAUUUACAAUCAUGAAGCUAUGACUGAUAGGUAAUUUCAAUACGCACUACUACACUCUCUCUCUCGUAGCUUUGUGUUUAAUAGUAUACUGCUUACUAAAUUCAUAAAUAUCAAAAAUAAACCAUUGUUUACCACUGAUAUUUUGUUGUUUUUAUGAUUAAAAUGAAAAAUCUGGAUAUUUAUGGAUUUUGUUGAUGUGUAAUUACUAAUCAUGAUUACAUAAAUAUGGCAAAUUAAUUGAAAUGAGAAAGGGAGUUUGUUACCUUUAGGAUAGUAUUGUUGAAAUGUUUAAUUUAUUAAUGCAUAUUAGGUGAAAAUAACUUAUUUGACUGAAGUAUUUCCUUUUCUCAUUUGAAUUGUGAUAUUCUGAAAACUUAUAUGAUUUAUUGUGUAAAAUAAAUGAAUCAUUAAAUGAAAA